AUGGCUAAAUUCAGCAAAGAUGAAGUGAAAGUCUACACUGUCGGACCAAACGCCACUGUAAGGAAUGUCCUUCGGCUCAGUAAUACUGCCGCUCUCAUGGAUAUCGACAUCAUCAGUAUUGCAGAGAACAACAAGGGACAUGCAUCUGCGGCCUUCAUGACGUACAACAACAUGUCAGAAAUACUGAAGCCCACCUUCUUCCACUCAAAGAAAGACACAGUCAACACUAUGAUGUCCACAGUAGUCUCAGCCUUCCUGCCCGAAACCAACAACAAAACGCUUAUAAAUCCAGUUAACUUCACCCUAAAGCACAUCAGAUGGAGUCAUCGCUUGGAGCUGCUGAACACCAUUGCUUUUGCAGUAGGGCUAACAUUGCUGUCCUUGGCUGUUCUGACCUUCAUCCUGUUUCGUAAGAACUCGAGAAGAGCAUGUGCUGUGUUUGCUGGAAUAUUGCACUUCCUUUUUCUCUCUGCAUUUAUGUGGAUGUUCCUUGAGGCCAUAACACUCUUCAUCUCAGUGAUGCACCUAUCAAAGAUCAAAUCCAGGCGGAGGGAGGUGCUUCACUGGAAAUACCAACUUGUGAUUGGUUAUGUGCUCCCCACUCUUGUGGUCGGUGUAUCUGUGUCUGUUCAGUGUGACGGUUAUGACAGUGAGACGUGCUGGAUUAAGUUGGGGACGAAUUUUCUCUGGAGUUUUUUGGGUCCUGUUUGCUUCAUUCUUGUAGUGAAUUUGAUCCUCUUCAUCACCAUCAUCAUCACUCUUCAGUGCACACUGAUGCACCUGAGCGGUGAUGUCUCACAGAUCAAAACCAGCAGGACUAUGGUGUUCAAAGCACUGGCCCAGUUUUUUAUACUGGGUUGCCCCUGGAUACUGGGGUUCUCCACAAACAUCAGUGAGGGGGCAGAGAUCAUCUUCCUUCUCCUCACUUCUCAGCAAGGCACCUUCAUCUUCCUGGUCCACUGUGUCCUCAAUGAAGAGGUCAGAAAGCAGUACAAAAAGUUGUGGUACACCCUCUGCCCUCACCAUGACAUCGAUGCAUUGUCAAAUGAGCAGAUGACAGAGACAUUAUUUACAUCACUUGAUCCUGAAUUUGCUGUCUUUGCGGUGUCCACGGUUGGCAUUCCUUCCAUAGCUGAGGAGGCCUAA